GGCUUACGGCACGCUCUGAUUUUCUCCCCUGGCGGAUUCAAUUCACCAGUUUCUGGACCUGUCAUGUCACCGUACGUUUUGGGGCCUCGCCCCCGAAUCCAACCAUGGCGACGUGGCGGCUGCCAGUUUCUGCUACCCGGCUCAUGGCAGCCCGCAUGGUCUUUGUUUAUUUCUCUGUUUUAUAUACCCAGAUUUGCGGUCCGGAGGCUCCUGCGGCAUUAGCGAGCGAGACUUUUCAGCCUGGGUACAUGGGGAGGAAGCAGUUGGUUUUCUCAGAAGAGUCAAGAGAAGGGACGACAAACUACCCGGAACCAAUCAACACCCGCCCGAAUACCAAGCAGGUCCGCGACAUUUCAAGAUAAACCACAUGGAGAUACUCUGCAGAUAUUCUUGG